AUGGCUGGCCCUAAACGAGGGAUAGAAAUGAUGGACCUUACUCUGAUCGAAUAUGACAUGAGGGUCAAGACAGGCAAAGAAGAAAAAGAUGACCUACAACUGAUCGAUGGUGCAUCACUCAUAGGCCCUGCAGGCAUAUGGAAUAAGCCAUGUACGAUGCGCAUCCCUGGCGAUUAUGGCGCAGUUGAUAUAACAUUGUCUCGUCUUCAUUGGGCAGUUGAGGCGACUGUAGAGGUUCUCAUAUCUGAAGUGCAAAGCAGUUUUGCUUUGUUGCUCGGUUGUUUAACUAGUGGGCUGAAUGAGCGAAUCUGGCUCUUUGAUGGUGCAAUCACUGAGUCAUGCAGCUUGAAGAGGUCUGUGGUUGCUGUACGAAUGAAAUCUUUGAUAGAUCUGAAGUUCAAAAUAGGCACACUGUCAUCUAUUUCUGGCCAACAUUGUUGUUCCUUCAAGGCAAAAAGUCAUGGUCAUGAUACUCAAGAAAUAAAGACUGCUCUUGCUUUAAUCUCAGUGAAGGUGACUUGGUCGACCUUACCUUGUGAAUUAGACUGA